CUUCGAGGCAUGGACACCUUGACACCUUCCUUGGACCUGAGGAGCCUCCCCUCCAAUUACCACAAUGAGGACCAGAAACAAGGCCACUUGGGUAACAGCACUGUCUACAGUCACCACCAGAUAGACAAGGUGACUGACAAUCAGACCGGAGAUGUGAUGAUUUCAGAAAAGGUAGUAGCUGCAAUUGGGCCUUCGGAAGGGAACUCCGAGGAUAACUGGAAGGCACCUGAGGAUGAGGAAAAUGAACUACCCCAGGCUCUCCCCAGCAGUGGACUGAGCAGCUUCCGUGCUGAAACCCAGCCCAGAGUGUCUUUCUGGAUUAUCAAGCUGCCCCAUCGGAUGGGCCAAGUUGAGAGCCAGCCUGGGAGCGGCUGGCUCAGUGAGAAGCGUCAUCGGCUUCAAGCUAUCCGGGAUGGGCUUCGGGAGGGAGCUCACGAGGAAGCCCCCUUCCGCUUCCACCCCCGAAGGGCCCAUUUUUUCUACCUCCUAAAGCCCCCCAGGAAGCUCUAG